AUGAGGUGCCGCCGCUGCCGCCGCUACGUGCUGCUCACCCCCCUGUGCAUCGUCGCUGGCCUCUGCUUCUUCCUGUUCCUCCUGCCACUCCUGCGCACUCCGGAUGAAAGUAAAUACCAGGAAGCGCCCGCACUGGUGUUGACCCCACUGUCGGUGAUGGACGCCUCUCAGAAGUACCGCGUGCGGCAGUUCGUGUCGGUGGGCGACCGCUGGCAGCAGCUGCCCACGUCAGCGGGGGACUGGACCACGUGCCUGGCGCUGCACGCCUCGCUGUCGCACGUGCACCACGUGGAGCGCCAGGCGCGCUCCUGGAGCGGGCCCCUCUCCGUCGCGCUCUUCGCCGCAGGGGACGACGUCCGCCUGCUGCUCGCCUACAUCAUGUUCCUCAGGCGCUGUAGGCAACACGUGCGAAGUAGGCCACCCAACGAUACUGUUGUCGCGGCUGGGGACCAGCUGGAGGAAGUGGACUGCGGAGAGGACGACGAGCAGGUGCUGCAGCGGCUGCUGUGGCGCCAGGCGCACCCUGUGGGGGAGCAGCUGUCGUACCCGCAGAACCUGGCCAGGAACACGGCCAGGCUCGCCUGCCCCACGAAGCUCACGCUCUGCCCAGAUGUUGACAUGCUGCCAGGGCCCAGGAUGGACCUCGCGGCUGGGCUAGCGGACCUCUUCAGAAGAGAGCCACCGUGCAAAAAGUGCGCGUACAUCUUGCCGGUGUUCGAGCUGGACGCGAGACUGGCUGGCCCACCGAAGGACAAGUGGGAGCUGCAACAGCUGGUGGAGGACAGGCUGGCCCGUCCUUUCCACUGGGAAAUCUUCAAGGACAACCAGAAGUCCCUGGAUCCGACUCGCUGGCUGCAGCACGCUAACGCCUCUUCGACGCAGUUGUCCGUGGCCUACAGCGUCAAGUACGGAUGGGCCUUUGAGCCGGUAUAUGUGGCAGCCAGCGGAGAGCUGCCCCUGUUUGACGAGAGCUUCGUAGGGUACGGCUUUACAAGAAACACGCAAGCAUACGAGAUGUUUGCCUCCGGUUGGCGGUUCUUCGUCCUGGACCACGCGUUCCUCAUUCACUGGGGCCUGCAGUCAAUAGACAAGCGGCCCAAGUGGCGCUGGAAGGAGAACAUCAUCAACAGCGAUCGAUUCCGCAAGUGGGUGAAUCGAGUCGCUCUCAAGUACGACGUGGACGAGAUGAAGCUUACGUGGAGAUACGCCGACCACGACUCGGCUAUGACGACGUGCCCUCGGCAAAAGUGCAAAUCAGCACGACCCAAACCUACAAAGUCAACUCCGUCACCAAAGAAGCAGGAAAAACCUGCAAAGGCAACUCCGACACCAAAUAACCAGGAAAAGCCUACAAAGGCAACUCCGUCACCAAAGAAGCAGGAAAAACCUACAAAGGGAACUCCGUCACCAAAGAAGCAGAAAAAACCUGCAAAGGCAACUCCGACACCAAAGAAGCAGGGAAAGAAGGCCUAG